AUGUCGGUCACUGAUUCCGCCGCAAAUUUCCGUGCGAGGGCCAUCGCGCUGGGGCUUGAUGAGGCCGUUCUGCAAAAGAUCGUCGACGGGGGUAUUGACACAUUGGCCAAGUUUGCCUUUUCGUCUUCAUACACCCCGGGCGCUCAGGAUGAGAAGCCUUUUCUUGAUUCCAUCGCAACUCUUCUGGGUAGGGAUGGUAGCGUGGGAGAAUUGUCAGUACUUCGACGCUUAUUCCAUGAAUCCUACUCGCUCACCUCUGCUGAGUUGAAGCAGUCAGUGGAACGUGUCGAGGACGGGCCUGUCAAGAGAUUGGCUCAGCCAGACAGGGCCGACCGGUUGGCCAAGCAACAGAAACGCUUACCUGGGAUAAGCAUCCGAGGUCCUCUUGAGCCAUCUGAUCGACUCGUGGAUCGUUGCGUGGCGAUCUAUGAGGAAAACCGGCUUGUCUACGUUGAGCUUUCAGCCUGCACCUCUAAGGAAGAUGAAAUUAAGCAAGCCACGCUCAAGGAGGACAGGCAUCUUGUCGUAGAAAGCGGGGGAAAUGUUCGACUCAAAGGCCUGGUGAACAACAAGAUGGAUGCAGACAUUUCCUCUGAUUUGCUCAUGCGGUAUGCUCUUACUAGGCGUGGCCUAGCGAUGGAGCAAGCGGGAAUCAUCUCAUAUACACUGCAUGACGCAUGGACCGAGCAACUGCUCGCGUGCCCCAGCCGCGUUUCCUUGCAACAGGUCAUCCAUGCUGACAGGCAAUUCUUCAUCAAACUUGCCGAGCUCACCCGGGAAGGAAUACAGCUUCAGGCGAAGGGUAGGCCAUGUGAUUUGCACUUCGAGACAGCUCGCAAUCACCCGGAUGUGGCGCACCUAAUGCAACCCCUUCUUGCAGCGGUGCCUAGACCAGACCCCACAUGGACGCCCCGAAAAGGCGACGGCAAGAACGGCAAGGGAGGUAAAGGUCAGAAGGGUGGUAAAGGGAAGCGGGACACCACUGCCAUCACUGCUGCGAUGCCUAAGGAGAUUGCUGAUGGGGGGUUAUCUUUCACGCCUAAAGGGUACGCAAUCUGUUGGGAUUAUAAUCUCAAUAGAUGCAAGCGCAGAGUCGGAGCCGAUACAGGUAUGAGCGUUGAUGCAGCCGGCGGUGCUUCCGCCGAAAUCCUUUCACAACAGUUGCUUGAGGCUGACAGGUUGCCCACUCCAGAGGAGAUUGAAGAGCUCGUUAGCCUCUUGCCGCAUGACGAGUUGACCGGCGAACGCCGGAGCAACGCGGACGCUUCUUGCAGUGCAUUCCAUAGCGGUGCUUUUGUACACAUCAAAGUCGGAUUGCGUCGAAAUUGCAAAAUCUUCCCAAGCACGACAAAGCUACUAUCGAGAAUUCUGCGGCAUGCCCAUCCUGGGCAUGAAUUUACUUCCUUGCUGCUUUCUGUGGACAACCAGACUGCAUUGCAUGCAGAUAGCCAGAAUGCCUUCAUCCCAAACUUGGUAGUUCCACUAAACAGGUUUUCUGGUGGUGGGAUUUGGGUGGAAUCCGAUGUUGGCAAAGAGCGUUUGACAGUCGAUGGCCAAGAGCUGCUGGGUCGGCGAAUGGUCCUUAUCGGAUACUCUGUACAAGGCGGUGAGAUGCUUCAAGACUCGGAUAAGGUUGAGCUGGAAGCCUUGGGGUUCGCACUUCCAUCGCAGUACCCCGCCACCGGCAACCAGGUGGCUGAGCAAGCGUGUUUUGCAGACUUCAGAAAUGGGACCAGCAGCCCGCCACUUCUUGAGCAAAGGCCGGCAUAUGAUCCACAGCACAUCGGCGAUCCGUCGAGGAGUCCAGUGCAAGGGAAGUUCUUGAAACCUACCCAGUUCUUUAUGUCCACGCUGAGCCGCCUUAUGCCACGUUUGGGCCACAGCAGGUAUUCCUUGGACCUUGGAACACCCAAAGGCGACCAUUCGCAUGGCCAAGUCGAAGGUGGAGUCGUCACACACCCUCCCGAAUUCUGCAAACAUGUCGCCCAAGCAGUUGCGCGGCACCAUGGACUUGCUUGCCCUGACGUGGCUUUGUCAUCCACGCCAGCUGGUGUUGCCCAGCAGAAGAGAGGCAAACCUGAAGCUUCGCUCCUGCCUGAGUUCGGCAAGGUCUUGCAGGUAGAUGUCGAUCAGGUUCCGCCAGUGAACCACAAGCAGUGCCUCACUCGCCCGUUGGGCGAGGUGCCAGCAGGAUCCAAGCUCAUCGCCACGUCUCUUCUCAAGGGUGAUGCGGGUGGCGAUGCGGGUAACGAGGGUAAGAAAUUUCGCCUUUCUUUAGGAGUUUUUGCCACACCAGAUGAGUUCGUUGAUGCGGCCAAGGACUUGCUACAUCCUUUUGCUGCUUCGGCUGUUCUGUCGCCCAUCGUGAAAAGGCGUUUGUUUGAGGCCUUGACCAAAGGUCCUGAAUGGGUUCAGCGACAACGGUGCUCCAAAUUGAAAUUGUGGCUUAGCUGGGCCAAAGAACUGCAAGUUGCCGAAGGAGAAAUGAAGGGUAAGCUAGAUCCUGACAUUGGCCGUGUGCUUCGAGGCAAGCGCUUGUUGCUUCUUAAGCGUAUUGCUGAUGAUAUGGACUGGCCCGACAAGGAUUGGUUGGGUGAGCUCUUGGAAGGGUUUGACUUAGUCGGUAGUCAGAAGCACACCGGGGUCUUCAAGCGAGAGUUGCGACCACAAGCAAGAACUAAGGCGGACUUUCUUGAUGCUAGCAAGUUCUUGCGACCUGCACUUCUGGGCAAGGUCGCCUCUGAGGGUCUGAACGAGCAUUCUCAGGAACUCUGGGACAAGACCUUGGAAGAGGUGACGGACGACCUUCUUGAAGGACCUCUGACGCAGGAGGAGGUUCAUGCCAGACAUGGUGACCAUUGGGUCCCGGUUAGGAGGUUCCCGGUGGUACAAUCUUCAGCGGGCAAGAGGAAGCUUCGACCGAUUGAUGAUUUUUCGGAGAAUCUAGUCAACGGUUCUUUUUCGUAUGCCGAUAAGAUUGACUUGCGUGCCCUUGACGAAAUCAUUGCCAUCUGCCGAUGCUGGACCCAGGCAUGCACUUCAGAACAUCAGUUCUUUUUCGCGAUGCCUGAAGGGCCACCGUUGGUGGGCCGUGUCCACCCUCUGUGGGUCAGCGGGGCUUGGGAGCCUUUGCUUACAACGUUCGAUUUGAAGAAUGCUUAUCGUCAAUUCCCAUUGUCACCAGGCAGCCGUGCUCAUGCGAUCAUUGCACUGUUGGACCCGAGCAGUCUUGGCGUGGGUUUGUUCGAGUCCAAAGCGCUACCCUUCGGUAGCACGGCGUCGGUGGUGCACUUCAAUCGAAUGUCACGUUUGUUUUGGAGGAUUGGCCUUGAACUUCACCUGUGGUGGAGCAAUUUUUAUGAUGACUACCCAGUCAUGACGCCAACACUGCUUAAGGAUUCCACCAUGGCGACUAUGAUGCUCCUGUCCCAGCUGUUAGGGUUUAGUGCCUCCCUUGAGAAGUUGGCCCCAUUUUCUUCGGUUGGUACGAUGUUGGGCGUUGAAGUAGACUGCAGUUCAGCGCCCGAUGCGCUCAUCCGUGUUCGCAACAAAGAGGGUCGUGCCAGCGAGGUGUGUGAGGUCAUACAGGGAUGCAUUAAGGCUGGUGUGGUAAGGCAAAAGGAUUUCGCCCGUGUCGCUGGCCGGAUUCAGUUCUCAGACUCGCAAAUCAUGGGACGUACCGGCAAACUAGCUUUGGCCGAGUUGCGAGCCUCAUCGGCCAGGCAUGCUGACAAGUUCCGUCUUGGAGAGCAGGAGGUUAGGGCCUUUGAUUUCUUGGUCAGUCGACUGUCCUUUGGUGCUCCUAGGGUUGUGCCCUGUUCGGUUCCUCCGAAACCGAUUCUUGUCUUUACCGAUGGUGCCAGCGAAGGAUCUACUCACACAGUGGGGGGAAUCAUUUUUGACCCGCGAGAACAACAACCGAAGUACUUUGCUUGCCAUGUGUGCGACAGUGUCGUCUCGACCUGGUCCCGGGACCUUCAGCACAUCAUAGGUCCCGUCGAGGCCUACGCUGUGCUCACAGCGAGAAAGGUCUUUCAUCAGUCUCUGUCGGGACGAUAUUGCGUGUACUUCAUUGAUAACGACGGGGUACUGCUUAGCUACAUCAAGGGUACGUCUUCUAGCAAACCUAUGCGAGACAUUUUGCUGAUGUGGGAGUCCCUGGAGAUGCAUGCUCACACGUGGGCGUGGUGGGCUCGUGUGCCAUCCGCAUCCAACCCAGCCGAUGCGCCGUCAAGAGGCGAGCUGGAUGAGCUUGUCAAAGCUGGGGCAUUGCGUGUGGAUUGUGAUUGCCCGCUUACCGGUACAAGACUUGUCGACUUGUAA